AUGCCACAAAGGAAAGGAUUAUUGGCUCCACAAAAUACUUUUCUGGAUACAAUUGCGACAAGAUUUGAUGGGACUCAUAGCAACUUUGUAUUGGGCAAUGCACAAGUACACGAUUAUCCAAUUGUCUACUGUUCGGAUGGAUUUGUUGAACUAACUGGAUAUAACCGAUCACAAAUUAUGUCAAGAUGUUGCUCAUGCAGUUUUCUUUGGGGUGAAAAAACUAACGAUGAAGCAAAACAGUCAAUAUUAAAUACACUGAGAAAUAAAUGUGAACUACAAAUCGAAAUUCAGUUUCACAAGAAAACAGGUGGGGCAUUUCUCUGUCUUUUGGACAUUGUACCAAUAAAAAAUGACAAAUCACAAGUGGUUCUAUUUCUUGUAUCGCACAAAGAGCUGUCACCUGAUCGGCAUGGACGAAAUAGAACCAACUGUAAAGUUCCUGAAUCAAGUUUGAAAUUACCCUACUUAUUAUCUGCUCAACAUGUAACAGGAACAUCUUUAUCAAGUAAAUCACCUAAUCUACUUACAAUGGGACUUGCAACAACCAUCACAGCGGCUGCUUUAGGUUCAACUGGAUUUCGAACCAACAGAAUGUUGGACUAUUUAAGUGCCAGUAAAAGCACACUACAUCAAAAAAUUCCGCAUGAUUUAAUUGAAAAAAAUAAUGAUUCAAUUGUGAGUAAAAGCUAUUUAAAUCGUGGUUCAGUCGAUUCAAAUAAACCUUCCACAAAAUGCAAGUCACUUAACGCCAAGUGUGAUGGAGAUGAUGCUGUAAGUACUCACAGAAAUUCAACUGAUAAAUUACAAACGCGUAGUUCUAAACCAAAUCCAGUGACAAACGCUAUUGAUGUUGAAAGUGGUUCACUUCUGAGUCUUGAAAACAAUAAAAAUUCAUCUAAUAAUAAAAAAAUCCUUGCUUCCAAUAAAAUGAUACCAUCUGAAUCAGAUUCUACAGAUUCGUCAAGUGAUGAAUCAAGUAAUAUAACAGAUGAUCCAUCAACUGCUUACAAGUUUCAAAGACGCAGAAGUCGCGCUGUUCUCUAUCAUCUAUCUGGACGAUUCGAUCAGAAGUCAAAACAUAAGUUACCAUUUAAAAAAUUUCAACGAAUUUCCGGUAAAGAAGCUAUACCUGAAUAUAAGGUUCAAGAUGUUCAGGCUUCAAGAUUUAUUUUACUUCACUACAGUUUAUUUAAAAUCAUCUGGGAUUGGAUGAUUCUAUUAUGUACAUUUUAUAUUGCCAUAAUGGUUCCAUACAAUGCAGCAUUUUCUCAGGGAGGUGAUGAAAAGGAUUUAAUAAUUUGUGAUAUAAUUGUUGAAUUAUUAUUUAUUGUAGAUAUCAUAUUAAAUUUCUGGACUACAUACGUUAGUAAAAGUGGACAAGUUGUUUAUCACUUAAAAGCUAUUGCUAUCAACUAUUUACGAGGCUGGUUCUUUCUUGAUUUACUCGCUGCUAUUCCAUUUGAUGUCAUUUUGGCAGUGAAUAAUCCGGAUAUACAAGGAACUAUUGGAGAAAUGGGUAACUGGAUUCACCUACUUAAAUUGGCACGUUUACUUCGAUUAGCCAGACUGUUUCAAAAAAUUGAACGUUAUUCCCAAUAUAGUACUGUGAUACUAGGGCUAUUAAUGUGUAUGUUUUUUCUGGUUGCUCACUGGUUCGCUUGUGGGUGGUAUUGUAUUGGCAAAGAGGAGCUUCGAUCAAAAAUUACACGGGAAUAUAGUUGGCUUUAUGAAUUAGGUGAACGAAUGCAAUUGAGUCGAUCAUUCAAUACCAAUACUAACAAAACUAAUGGAUUAACAAGACGUGCAUUAUAUGUCUCCAGUUUAUAUUUCACAACAACCAGCUUGACAAGUGUUGGAUUUGGUAAUGUAUCACCGAACACAGUGAAUGAGAAAAUAUUUGCUGUUAUAACAAUGCUAAUUGGAGCUUUAAUGCAUGCAGCAGUAUUCGGUAAUGUGACUACCCUCAUCCAACGUAUGUAUUCCCGCCGGUCAGCAUAUCAGACGAAAAAUCAAGAUUUAAAAGAUUUUACACGUGCACAUCAUAUACCGAAACCGUUAAAACAACGAAUGCUGGAGUUUUUUCAAGCUAUGUGGGCAAUCAACCGAGGUAUUGACAAAGAUGCUAUAAUGAGAUCAUUUCCAGAAAAUCUUCGCGGAGAUAUUGCCUUACAUUUGAAUCGUGAAAUGUUAUCACUGAGUCUGUUUAAAAGUGCAAGUCCUGGUUGUCGAAAAUGUUUAGCACAACUGAUAACUACACGUUUUGCUACACCUGGUGAAUAUCUUGUUAAUCAAGGUGAUGUACUCAGAUUUAUUUAUUUUGUAUGCAGCGGUUCACUGGAGAUAUUAGGUGAAGAAGGUACAGUUGUUGGGUUGCUAGGCAAAUGUGAUAUAUUUGGCAGUGAUAUGGAUGACUUACCCACCUUAGGAUUUUCAGCCUACAAUGUGAAAUCACUCACAUAUUGUGAAUUACAAUGUAUAGCAUUAGAUCAUGAAUUACAAGAAAUAUUUGAUCAGUAUCCACAAUUUAAAAAACAAUUUGCUUUGGCACUGUCUGAAGAAUUAUCAUUCAACUUGAGAGCAGGAUAUGAUGUAGCAUCAUCCUUAGAACUUAUCCCUGCAAUUACUGUCUCCAAUACAAAAAGUACAAAUGUCGAUGAACACUCAGAUAACAGCAGUGUAAAGUCACAACAAAUGACAAGUGAAAAAUGUCCCCUGCUGAAGGAAACAGAUGAUAAUGUAUCAUUUGAAGAUGAAAAUAAGGAUGAAAUUAACUCUGUAAAUGAAAGACAGUUUAAAAUAAAUCCUAGACUUAAAACAAAUAAUUCAGAAGACUGUGAAACUACUCAAAAACAAGAUAAUACAGAGAUAUUCAGUAGAAAAAUUAAAUCUCCACAAAAAACAAAAACUUCUCUUAUCAAACAGAAUUCACUUAAUUUGUAUCCUAAACACUUGAAAAAAACUAAUGAGUUCCCUAGUGUAACAAAUAAUUCAAACAAAAUGCUGUCCAUUGAACAAUUGAACGAAGAUGGUGAGGAAGUAAAUGAUUUUAUUGAUGAUAAUGAUCAUGAUUAUGAAGUACAAAAUAACAAAAUAUUAAAACACUGUUACUCUAACUUUUCGAUUACACACUCAUCAAAUUCUUUUCAAAGCUUUACACAUUGUAACAAGAUAAGAAUGUCAAGAUCAUUUUCAAAAAAUAGGUGUCAUUCAUUAGAUGAACUUUGUGAAAUGAAAACGUCACUUGGGACAUAUCCAGUAUGUGAUAGUCAAAUUAAAGAUGAAUACAGAAAUAAUGUCAACAAUAGAGAAUAUUUUCAUCCAGAGACAAACUGGAAUCCAGUGAAUGAUGUUUUCUGUGAUACACAACAAAUAAAUUCUAUUAACAAUCAACUCAUCUCACUACUCGGUGUACACUUUCAUCAAACACAGAAACAUAUGAAUUUAUUAAAAUCAGAAAUUAUACAAAUAAAUCAAAAAAUUGAUAAAAUACAAAAAGAUUUUACAGAAUUUACAAAAUAUUUUAUCAAAAAUGAAAAUCUUUUAUCAUGCAAAGAGUCAUCCAAUUCGAAUAUGACUAAAAUACUUGAUAAUAAACGUUUAAAAACAAUAUACUCCAUUUCACAAAAUGAAAAUACUUUUGCAUCAUCUACAAGUAUUACUAACAACAAUAGCAGUAGUAGUUGUAGUUUUAUUAGUAGUAAUGUGAAUAAUAAUAAUAAUAGUAAUAGUGUUAUUCAUAACUCAAAAGACAACUUACCUUCAUCGAAGUAUAUCACCUCAUCAACAUCAUCCAUUUCACGACCAUGCCUACAUCAAUACGGCAGACCACAUUAUUCACCAGAGAAUCGAGUUGUUACAUUUCAAUUACCUCCACGUAAUCAUGAUUUUCGUAGUCAGAGUCUAACUAAUUCAAGACAGAUUUCACCAGAAACACCAAAAGCGAAUCCAUUUAAAAGGUUACUGCAUAAACAUCCAUCUAUAUCUCAUGAUAUUGAUUAA